CUGGACAGAUGUUAUCCAGCAGCAUCAGGGCUGAAACUGACUCCUGUUUCCUCCCUCUCAGCGGCUCUGACUGUGAGUCCCAGCAGCUCUCAGUUCUUCAUAAAGGACUCUGUGUCUCUGAGCUGUGAGGAGGACGGCAGCUCUGCUGGAUGGACUGUGUGGAGGAACACCAGCAGAGGAACCAGGACCCAGUGUGGAGCAGACUGGGGGAACCUGACUAAUUCUGUCUGUAGGAUGAGUGUUGUCUUUGAAAGUGACAGUGGUGAAUACUGGUGUGAGUCGGGCGGGGGGGCGGCCGGUCCCAGCACCCCCCUCACUGUCUCUGAACAGAGAAUCAACAUCACAGCUGAAGCUGGAAAGAACGUCACUCUGCCAUGUGGAGCUGGAAAGGAGAAAAACAUCACAGCUGUGAGGUGGUUCAGACCGGAUCUGGAUCCAGAUGGUGUUAUUUUGUACAGAGAUGGUUACUUUGAGUCAGACGGCCAGAAUCCAUCCUUCAGGAACCGGGUGGAUCUGCAGGACAGACAGAUGAAGGAUGGAGACGUGUCUCUGAUUCUGAAGGAUGUGAAGAUACAUGAUACAGGACCAUAUCAGUGUAGAGUCUAUCAGGGAGGAAGAGGCCAGAGGAAAACCAUCUUCAAAACCUCCAUCCAUCUUGUGGUUUCUCCAGGGACCCAGGAGGGAGGAGGCAAGGAGGGAGGAGACGAGGAGGGAGGAGACGAGGAGAGAGGAGACAAGGAGGGAGGAGACAAGGAGAGAGGAAGCAAGGAGGGAGGACCUGCAGGUCGGGAACAUCUUGUUCUGGUUGCACCGGUUUUGGGGAUCGUUGCUGUUUCUGCUGCUGUCUGGAUCCACAAAACACCCAUGAAGAAGAACUCUGCUCCUCCUGAUGAAAAAGGAGCUGUCGCAUAUCUAGUAUGA